UGACAAGGUGGGAACUGAGGAGGCUGUAGUGUAAUGAACAGAUGCCAGUAUGGUGGGGUCAAGGCUUACCUGGCUUCCCCAGUGCAAGGGUUCAAGAGGCCAAUUGGGAUGACUUGGAGGUGGGAGUGCUAAAGAGGGGUAGAAAUGAGUACAGGUUUUACCUUCUGACAAUGCUGUCAUUGGUGUUCUGCCCUUUCUAGAUACAUCAUCUACCACAGGGAACCAGAAUUUUCUUAUGGAUCCCAGUUCCAAUGAGAACUUGGUGAAAUAGGAUAGUGUGGGGUGUAAGGAGGGGAACUUGAUGUAGGAGAGCUUUUUAGUUCCUGGGUACAAAUCUCUCCUUUCUCCUUGCCCUCCUCCCCAACCUCUGUUGUUGCUGAUUCUCCCUAUAUAAGUAAUCUUUCUGCUUCUCUCAUUCUGGGAGUUCUCCUCUGCACUGACAGGACUGCUGCCCAGAUCUCUGAGCUUUGCAUUCCACUUUUUGAGCUCUGCUACAUGCUUACCCCUGUGUUUGAAGUUGGAUGGAGGGGUGGGGUAUAAACCUUCCUCAAGAACCCUAUGGCCAGGCUGGGAGAUGUCUUACCCACAGGAGCAAGCAAAACUGUCACUGGGUUACAGGAGGUAUGGCAGUGUCAUAGGUGAGGUCUCAGAGGAGAGAAAUAUCUAUGGGCUGGCAUGGCAAGAAUAGGCUUUCUAGAAGGGAUGGCAUUUCGCCUUGCCAAGGAGGAAGGAUAGGGCUGUGGUAGGCUUACAGGGGUCAUUCCAUGAAGGGGAAAGGCAUUAGAUAGCAAGCAGCACAGACUACUACUCAAAGUGAAGCUUGAUCCUGGGGGCGGUAUUUCCUCCCAUGAAAGAAGAUGCCUUCAACUUGACAUUCCUCUCAACUAGUAUGGGUUCCUGAGGGUGGACUAGUCAGUGAAGGCCAUCUUGUGCCCUGGCAGAAAAGCAGUGGUUUAAGUUUAUGUGUAUUGGAUGUGUUGGGGAGGAGUGGAGAGGUAUUCUUAGCUGCUUCCAGUUGUUUGGCUGCCACUGCCUUAUCUCUAAUUUGCAGGGCCUAGGGGGAGGAGUAGGUCCAGAAAAGUGCCUUCUGGCAGUGCCUCCUCCCCACCAGACUUGUUUUUGGUUAGAUUUGUUGUUUCCUGGUAAAGGGACAGACUUCUGGAAACAAUUGAGAAUUUAAGGCUGAAGGGCAGCUUUGAGCUGACCUGAGGUCGUAUCUCUGAGGAGUGUUGAUGAGGUAUGAGUUUCUGCAGGACCUCUGCUCUUAUGGCUCUGCAGUGGUGCUUGUCCCUUUGGAGACAGACAUAUGGGGAAGAGUUGUGCAACUCAGUGGCUUGACUAGAAAGCUGUAAUUCUUGCCCUGGAAUCCUCUCAAUUAGCAUGGUCUCUUGGAUCUUAGGGGAUCUCAUCCCCCCUCCUAUUCAGGACAGGAGUUCCCCAGGUGAUGGCCCUGUAAGUGGUCAUUCUGCCUCAGCUUACUUCUUACAUUCUUAGUACGUGGGCCAAGACCUGCCUUUUUGUGACUCCGUAGGUAACCCUCUGGGCCCUGGAUCCUAAGACUGCCCCUUCUGCACUCCUCAGAUAGGAGGAGAUUGUCCGGGUCUGGCUGAGCCCAGGAGCUGCACGGAAUGGUGGCAGUCACCUUGCCAGUGCAGCAGGCAUGGACCAGACUGCAAGCUAGGAGAGCAAGGCAACAGUCAGGAAGAGGGAACACACAACUAGGCUUAAGGCCUCUUCAUCGGGAUGUCCCCAGGCCCCCCAACCCAGGCCCUGCAUAAAGGCUGUGGGGGAGGCCCCCCCUGACCCAAGUGGGGGCUUCAUGCGCCACGUGCAGGCGGAGCCGUCUCCAUCCUCAGAGCCAGAGGCUGGCCCUUCGCAGCCUGCAGCCAGGCAGGGGGCUCUACAGGGUGGCCUGCUCAUGGGCUACAGCCCAGCAGGGGGGGCGACAUCCCCCGGGGUCUACCAGGUAUCCAUCUUUUCCCCUCCAGCUGGUGCCUCUGAGCCUCAUAAGGCCUUGAAAAGGCUGGCCCCACCUACUGAGGGUCCCCGGGAGCUGAAGAGAGGCCCUGGGCUGGGGACCAGAGAGGGAUUACCCCCUGAAGAACCAUUUACUGUGGGACUAUUGGGCCUCGAGGGACUGGGGCUGGGGCUGGGUGUGGCCAGCCAGCAUUUCUGCCAUCAUGGCCUCUGUGUUGUGGAACAGGGAGGUAGCUCCACCUCACCUUGGACUUCAGGGACCCAGAGUUCCCCUUGGCCCCCAUCAAAUGCUUCCUGCAAUACUUUGCACACCAGAGACUGGGCUUCCCCAGAUCCAGGGGGACAGGGGUCCCUGGGCGAGUCCCCAGGGCCAGCCCCUCCAGACCAGCUGCACACAAUUGACACUGAUUUGCACAGUCUUGCACAAAUUGGGGAUAAGAGCCCAGUGGCUGGGGUGGGCACCCGGGGCAGCCCCUGGCCUAGGGAGUCCCCUGGCACUGCCAAUGGGCAUAGUCCCGAGCACACACCCCCUGGCCCUGGACCUCCAGGCCCCUGCCCUACCAAGCGAAGGCUGCUUCCUGCUGGAGAAGCCCUGGAUGUCAACUCUGAGGAUGAGGGGCCAGCCCCUCGGAGGCGCCGGGGAACCCUGGGCCACCCUCCUGCUGCCAACAGUUCUGAUGCCAAAGCCACACCCUUCUGGAGCCACCUGCUGCCUGGGCCCAAGGAGCCUGUGCUGGACCCAACAGACUGCAGUCCCGUGGGGCGGAGGCUGAAAGGUGCACGUCGCCUAAAGCUGAGCUCCCUUCGAAGCCUUCGGAAGGGGCCAGGCCUGCUGAGCUCCCCCAGUGCCUCCCCUGUUCCUACCCCUGCUGUCAGCCGUACUCUGUUGGGCAACUUUGAGGAAUCAUUACUACAAGGACGCUUUGCACCAUCUGGCCACAUUGAGGGCUUCACGGCAGAGAUUGGAGCUAGUGGAUCCUACUGCCCCCAGCAUGUCACGCUGCCUGUCACUGUCACCUUUUUUGAUGUGUCUGAGCAAAAUGCCCCGGCCCCCUUCCUGGGCGUCGUGGACCUGAACCCCCUGGGGAGGAAGGGUUACAGUGUGCCCAAGGUGGGCACCAUCCAAGUGACCUUAUUUAACCCCAAUCAGACUGUGGUGAAGAUGUUCCUUGUGACCUUUGACUUCUCGGACAUGCCUGCUGCCCACAUGACCUUCCUGCGCCAUCGCCUCUUUUUGGUGCCUGUGGGUGAGGAGAGAAAUGCUAGCCCUACCUGCCGCCUCCUCUGCUAUUUGCUGCAUCUCAGGUUCCGGAGCUCCCGCUCAGGCCGCUUAAGCCUGCAUGGAGACAUCCGCCUGCUUUUUUCCCGCCGGAGCCUGGAACUGGACACAGGGCUCCCCUAUGAACUGCAGGCUGUGACUGAGGCCCCUCACAAUCCACGUUAUUCACCUUUGCUCUGAUUAUGAUUAUCAGUCCCUGAACCCAUGAGGGUCAAGGACCUCCCCAUACUGCUCCAUCCUGGACAAAGCAAACACGUGGAAAGGUGGCAAGAGACCUUUCAGGCUUGAAUUAAAGCCGUCAUCAUGCUCAUGCCCAAAUUAAUUAUUUGGGUAUUUAAAGCUUCUGAUCCUUACCAUGCUCUGCCCUACUCUGGGUACUCCAUAUGCCUCCCCCUUCCCUUGAAUUUCCCAGGCCAGCUUAGGUAGCAGGGAGGAACUGGAGCUACCCUGAGGUUGUCCCAAGUUCCCAGGCAAAUCAUGCCAGCAUUGCCUCCCUGUCCUGGGCAGGGGCCACUUAUUAUUUUAUUUAUUUUUAAUUUAUAAUUUAUUCAAAUUGGAUCGCCUUGGUCCCCUCCCAACCUGAUCAUUGGCAUUGCCCCUUCUCCUUCCCUGCUCUCAGCUAUUGCUGCAGCCUUAGAAAUUGAAGAGGCUGAUGUGGGGGCUGGGAGAGAACUGCUUUCCCUCAGCUGAGGGCAGAGAGGCGGUCCCAGAAGGACUGAGUCACUAGCCAAAGACUCAGCUUCCUCUGUCCCUGUUCCGUUCACUUCCCCUACCCCUUCCUCUGACCUCUCUCUGAAAACCAACUCACGUAUAUGUGUGUGUACAUGUGUGCACGUGUGCAUGUGCACUGGUGUGCUUGUGUGCACAGCGUGUAUGUGUGUGGUGUGUGUGUGAGAAAGUGUGCAUGCAUGCACACACACAGGGGUUAAUCACCCGUCAUGUAGGGCUCCAGACUCCAGUUGUCCCUCUCCUCCUGCCUGUGUCUCCUUUGGGGUUCUGACUGAGGAAGGUGUUCAGAGGGCAGAGUCAGGGCCAAGGAUCGGGGUGCCUCCUAUCAUCUGGCCAGACUCUGACCCACCUACCUCAGCUGGGGUGAGGGGCACCCCUCAAACUCAAUCAUGUGGUUCCCAACUACCCCAUUCCCCACUCCAGACUCUGACCCAGCCUUAGCCCUGACUCCUAGGGCUGGGCUGAGGGGAACAAGCAUUCGCUAAAACUUGAAAAAAAGAAAAGAAAAAGAAAAAUUGUACCUGGUACUUUUUUUAGGAAAAAAAGAAUAAAUUCUUGUUUGGAAACUUGA